AGAGUAUAGAUCACAUGUAUAUUACAGCUGAAUCUUUUGAUACAUCGACAAAAAUAAGAACAUUUUCGAUAUACCUUGUAUGCUGUAUAUAAGUUGAUUCAAAUGAGAAAACAAAUCACAUGGUUCAUGCAUAGUUACAGAAUUGUAGCAUCUGCGUUCUGCCAGCACUGUUUUAUAUGAAUGGUAUAGUAGCUACAAACUCAAACAUAUCCGUUGAGGGCUCCUAAUGAACCACAGGUCUUUGAGCCAGCUUGUUCUCUGACGUAUUCAAUGAAAACAACUACACUCCGGUUUCCACCGGGACAAUUGUCUGAAUGGGAUGCCUUUGACAUAACCUGGAUCGGGACAGGGGUAACGUUUGCUUGUACGAGAGACCUGCAAUUAAGGACAUAUAUUCCGGAUUCAACACUAUACUGCGACAGCUGGAUUGACAACAAUGAUGGAUUUUGCUAAUUGCUAACAACCAACCCACCAAUCUAACGUUGGCUAACUAACGUUAGCUAGCUAACAGGGAGAUUUAGCUCAAUCUUUGAAGAGGAACCACGGACUGAUCUAUAGUCACAUUAGCAACUGUCUGCCCAGUUAGGGUAACGUUACAGCGUCACCAUUUCCGGGCUUGUGAUAUCUGGGAUUGUGGAGCGGGACGUUGCUUUGAGGGGUACGGGGAUCGGAUCUGUAUCGGUUUCCAUACCCGGACAGCUGGAGGACAGCAUGGCUGCAGGAAAGGGAGCGGGGAAGCCCUCGCUACUGCAGAACGAGCGUAUACGAUUCAUUGUCUGUUUCCUUGGAGUCUUCGUUUGUUAUUUUUACUAUGGUAUAUUACAAGAGACAAUUACCCGAGGACAGUAUGGUGAGGGGGAGAAGAAGGAGAAGUUUGUUUAUGCCACAACGCUGGUAUUCAUCCAAUGCAUCAUCAAUGCUGGGUUUGCCAAGAUCUUGAUUCAGUUUUUUGAGGGUUCCAGACCAGACCACACCAAGAGCUGGCUCUAUGGAGUGUGUUCCCUGUCUUAUCUUGGAGCCAUGGUAUCCAGCAACUCUGCCCUACAGUAUGUCAACUACCCCACACAGGUGUUGGGGAAGUCUUGUAAGCCCAUCCCAGUGAUGAUUCUGGGUGUAUUUGUACUGAGGAAGAAAUACCCACUGGCCAAGUACCUGUGUGUGCUGUUGAUCGUCAGCGGGGUGGCCCUGUUCCUCUAUAAACCCAACAAGAGUGUCACUUCCACAGAAUCUGCUUUCGGCUUCGGGGAGAUCCUGUUGCUGCUAUCUCUGACCAUGGACGGUUUGACUGGUGUGGCCCAGGACCACAUGAGGAACUCCCAGACUAGUGCCAACCACAUGAUGCUCAACAUCAACAUGUGGUCCACCCUGGUGCUGGGACUAGGGGUGUUGUGGACAGGUGAGGUAUGGGACUUCCUGAGCUUCACAGACCGUCACCCCAGCAUCUUCUGGAACAUCCUUUUAUUUGGAAUAACUAGUGCUUUAGGCCAGACCUUCAUCUUCAUGACUGUGGUGUACUUCGGCCCUCUCACCUGCUCCAUCGUCACUACCACACGGAAGUUCUUUACCAUCCUGGGCUCUGUCCUUCUAUUCGGCAACGUCCUCAACACCAUGCAGUGGGUCGGAACUGUCCUGGUGUUCCUUGGUCUCGGGUUUGAUGCCAAAUUUGGCAAGACACCAAAGAAGACCACACACUAAGGAACCUGGAAUAUGUCAUGGCAAAACUGACAAACUGAAAGUCCAGUGGACAGAAAUCCAUCUCUCUCUGAUUUUCUUACCACAUCCUGCCUAGGCAGUACACCUACAAAUACUUAGUCAUUGUUAGUUACCAUAUUAUAUAUAUUUUUUUUAACAUAAUCAUGAAAGAAGCCCCUAUGUUUUCAAACGUUCCCAUUCUCCUGAACCUACUAAGACAGACAAGCAUCAUCUACUUAGACCGCAAGACCACAUCCACAUGAAGAGUAAAUGGGGCAGAAUGAGAUGGGUGGGCUGAGGAAAGAUGACAACAUGCACGUCAAAUCCCUUGUGGUUGUUGAGGCUGCUUCUCCCUUUGGACUACAUCUGAACCACACAGGCCUAUGAAUCUCAGCUCUGAGAUUUACCAUCACCAAGGAAUGCCUGGUUUUCACUGGGAUUUGUAACCGUAGUAAAGAUAUUGGUUACAGAAAAACACCCUAAUAAACGAGUCGAUUGUCUUGUCAGUUAGAAGUUUUCCAAGUAAAACUCUAUUAUCAGAUCAAAAGUUGGUGAGACCUGCACAAGAUUCUGAAUGUUGACAUGCUGUAGAUGAGGAGUUUUAACACUUCCACGUAGUUGACUCAGGAUGUUUAGUCUUCAUUUCCAUUAUUAUCUUGGCAGACAACUAGACUCUCUGUAUUAUGGAAAUAAUAAACAUAAAAUACUGUAAAUGAGCCAAUUUGUUUGAUACUCAUGGCCAAUCUGACAGAUAAAUCUUGUUGCUUUUUAAAAAUAAAAGUAGGAUAUGCCUUGAAUACAUAGUAAAAGGGAAACCAUAAUAUGGGAUCAGCAUAGUUAUAUGUUUAAUAAAUUGCUAUUAUUGAACGUUUUGGCCAAACUGGAUGAAAAUCUGCCAACGUACAAUUCUUUUCCAGAGAAUUAAAACCGGAUGAAAUUAAACAGAGGAGACAUGAUACAUGAUUUGGCUUAAAUCUGUGUUUUGAUAUGACAAUUAAACAUGUUUUCCAUUGUUCUAGGAUUGGAACACCAGGCUGACAAUGACCUUGUUCUUUCUCAAAAUGAUAAAUGUAUCAUGUAAGCAUGUCA